CCGAGAAGCCAAAAAAAAAUGGAAGAUAAGGUUGUUGCAGCAGGGUGGGAAAGAAGAGGAACAAGAAGGCGCUCUCUGCUAAGUUGCUGCGGUCAGCUUGGAUAGCUAGCAAACGAAAUAGUCAUGUUAAUGGCCCAUAUUCCAAUCCGAUUGCUCCCGCCUUCUUCCUGUGGAACCAUUUCAGGGUUUCCAGCUUUAGGUCCAAAGAAACAUGAGAUGCGUUGUUGUUCACACAAGUUUAACGAUGAAGGAAUCAGAAUCCAGAGUGGGCCUGUAUCAGAGAAACUAAGGCGUAGAUUACUCAUCUUCAUCUCCGUCCCUGCGUCGAGUUUCUUGUUGUUCCAAACAUUCCCAUCUUUGGGGAAGACCAAAACCAAGAACCCAUAUGAUGAAAGGCGGCUGCUUGAACAGAACAAGAGGGUGCAGAGAGAAAACAAUGCUCCUGAAGACUUCCCAAGUUUUGUGAGGGAAGGGUUUGAGGUUAAGGUAGUGGCUUCUGAGAAGUAUUUGAAGACCAACUCUGGACUCAUAUAUAAGGACUUUGAAGUUGGUCAUGGUGAUUGCCCAAAAGCUGGUCAGCAGGCUAGCAAUGUGCAGGUGACCUUCCAUUACAUUGGGUACAAUGAGUCAGGGCGGCGUAUCGACAGCACCUACUUGCAAGGUUCCCCCGCCAAAAUCCGGAUGGGGACUAAUGCCUUGGUUCCUGGAUUUGAGCAAGGCAUUGGGGAAAUGAGACCUGGUGGGAAGAGAAGAAUCAUCAUUCCGCCAGAACUCGGACCCCCGGUCGGGCCUUCAACAUUUUUCAGCGCCAAGCAAUUUGAGGUCUUUGAUGUGGAGCUUCUCAGUAUUCAGGAUUGUACCAGGAGGACCAUCAUAGGCUUUUACUCGGACGUUGUCUGUAAUUGAGAACUGUCCCUGAUCGAUUUUGGGCCUUUUCCCCGUCUGUCUCCCUUCUUUGCCAACAUUUGUACUUCUUCAUGUAUGGAGUGAAAGAGUUGGAAUUCACAAGGAAGAAAGCCUCAAGUAUCCACCGGUCAUAGUACCAAUCAACCAUUAUAUCGAUGACCAAAUUGAUAUGGCUUAUCACAGUGUUAUGAUAGUUUGUUUUUAGACAUUGUCAGUACU